CUUUAUGUGCACAUCAUUUCGCCAUCUUCGUCCUUCGAUCCUUCGUCCUCCUCCUCCUCUAUAAAUCCGACCCUCUUUCCUCCGCGAGUUCCCCUCACGAACCCUUCGACGGACGGCGACGGCGGCGGGGGCGAGAGAGAUGGCGAGAGCUGCGGCGGUCAGGUUCGGGCGGUGGACGGCGGCGGCGGCCUUCGACGACGUGGGGUAUGCAGGGGGGCGCGAGGGCGAGGGGGAGAGCCUCGCCGAUCUGUCCGACCUCGUGGCGUCGUUCAUCGAGAAGGAGGGAGCGAUGAGAGGUGGAGGCGGAGGAGGAGGAGAUGGAGGAGAGGAGGAGGAGAUGGGGCUGGAGGAGUCGGAGAGCAGCUGCUGGUCCGACUCCGAGACGACCAAGGACAAGCUGCUCGGCUUGUUCCGUGGCUGCGGCGACGACGGCGACGGGGACGGCGUUUCGGACGACGCGAGGAGGAAGAUCCGGACGGAGGUCGAAGCUGCGUGGGGGUUGAUGAGGAACAAUGGGUUCUCGGAGGGGAUGAAGCGUCAACUGGUGAUCAGCUUGCGUCUCAAGGGCUUCGAUGCUGGUCUCUGCAAAUCAAGCUGGGACAGGACAUCGAGGCAUCCGGCCGGAGCCUACGAGUUUGUCGAUGUCAAUGUGGAAGGAACGCGCUACAUCGUGGAGGUUUCUCUCGCCGGGCAGUUCGAAAUUGCACGGCCCUCCGACCACUACACGUCGCUGGUCGAUGUGUUCCCUCCGGUUUUUGUCGGCAGACCGGCGGAGCUAAAGCAGGCGAUCAGGCUGAUGUGCGGGGCGAUGAAGCAAUCCUUGCAAAGCACGGGGCUGCUCAUCCCGCCGUGGAGGAGGAAGAGCUAUAUGAAGGCCAAGUGGUUCAGCAACUACAAGAGGACCACCCUCGACGAGGCUGCUGGCGUGAGAAGGCUACCUGUUAGGCACGAGAGUUUGGCUGAGAUAUCGUACCGCUGCAAGGACGACUUCACGAGCAAGACGACGCUGAGAGCAGGGUACUUAAGCAAGGUUUUUGGCGGCAACGGGAGGGGCGUGUGAUCGCAGUCGCUGGAUUCUUUUGUUUUUCAAAAGCUUUUUGCAAUCAGUUCCAUUCUUAUAUAGAGUAAUCAAUCCAAUUUUGAUCCAAAAGAAUGGCCUGAAGUGAAGCUUCUUUCGCUUCAGCUUCGUGGUCGGUUUUCUGAAUUUUCCAGACAUGCCAGUUGAUAUAAGACUGUACAGAUUUUGGCACCUCGUGUACAGAAGAAUUGUUGACGAGUGAAGAAUGAAUUCCUUUUUC